UUCUGGGAUUCUGUGUGUAAGAGAGCAUUGCACACUGAAACACAAGAGCAAAAGGGAUGUGCUGUGGUGUUGAACCCAUCUUUAACUACUCUUAACUCAUUUAUCUCUCUCCUAGGCUCCCUGGGAGACAUCUCCAAAUCCUUCCGCGACCUCACCGACCCAGCUGAGAUCAACAGCUACUUUGCCUUCAACGUCACCUCGGCGCUCUGCCUCACGGCCACGGCCCUGCAAGCCUUCGGGGCGCGCCCUGGCUCGAGCAGGACGGUGGUGAACGUCUCCUCGCUCUGUGCCAUCAAGCCCUUCAAAAACUGGGCGCUGUACUGCAGCGGGAAGGCUUCCCGCGACAUGAUGUUCCAGGUGCUGGCGCUCGAGGAGCCUGAUGUCCGUGUGCUCAACUACGCCCCGGGUCCUCUGGACACGGACAUGCAGCUUUUAGCCCGGACUAAGACUGGGGACCCUGAAAUGCGUCAGUUUUUCCAGAGCCUGCAGGAGAGUGGCCAGCUGAUAGACUGUGCUGUGUCGGCCCAGAAGCUGGUGAAUCUCCUGGAAGAGGACACCUUCCCCUCCGGCGCCCACGUGGAUUUCUACGAUAUCUGAGUUACUCUCACCUCCACCUUUGCCUUCCUGCUUUGCCUUCUGCUGAGCCACCUCUUGGGUUCCUCCAGCCUGUUUGGUGACUGUGUUUGAGCCCCGGGUGCUGCCCUCUGGGUGCCUUCUAAAUACUCCUAGUGCCCUGAUGGGCAUGGAGAGGAAGUUACUGCUUCACUGAGCCCUCCUGGGCACCCACCAGCAGGAGUGGGGAUGUCUCAGCUGCUGGGGAUGGGGGAGCAGAGGUGGCUUUUCCAAGGGAAUGAGCACAGAGGCGUAAAGCUCUCCUGUGUGAGAGCAUGUGCGAGGCAAGGAGGUACCAGGGCAUGCGAGGCCAGAUCGGAAAGUCACCCUGGAAGGUCUCGAAGAAGCCAACAGUGGGGUUAGAGCUGAGUGUCCCCAUGUCUGUCCCCUUUAUGUGCUCAGCACCUGGGCGAGUCACCAACAGGCAAAAGAGCCAUUCCCAUGGCCAGAGGAGGUGGCUGUCACCUCAGAGCCCUGCCUGUCCAUCCCCUGUCUCAGCAGUGGCUUGGCCAGACUUUCCUGCAGUUCUGGCAUUGUCUCUGUGCGAGUUCUGCGCGUUAAGACGUGGAGCCAAAGCCUGCCCCUGUGUUUUCUCCACAAAGGCAGCAAUAUCGCUAGGAGAGGGAGCUGGCCACGGAGGAGAGGUGAAUAUUUGGGUGCCUGGCUGGGAUCACCAGCUUACCUGAACCUGUGUGCGGGCGCAGCGCGGGUCAGAGCACGUCUGAGACGGUGCCCUCGGUUUGGACUGUGCUGUUUGCAGGUUCUGGGUCCAAGCCUGGAUCUGGGGCUUCAGCUCCUCCCGGGUUGUUCUUUUAAUGAUUUGUGGGGUUUUAUCCUCAUUUUUUUGUCAUAUUCCAAGAGGCACAAGCACUUGUAGUCUUGCCCCUCUAGAAAGCAGCUGCUCUGCAGCUUGUGUUGGUGCAGGAGAGCUGCUUUGAAGUGCAGUGGCAUCUCCUGCAUGCCCUGGAAAUGCCCGAUGUCCCCUGUGCUCAGUGACAGCAACCUCCCCACAGUCUCUGUCACCACCUUAUUUCAAAUUGUUUCCACCUGGAUCCACAAUCAUUAAAAGUUUUGUGUCUUGUCUAUCUGUUCUGUCUAUAUUUUUGAAAGUGGAUAAAUUUGUGGGAGGAUUGAGCCUGGGUUAAGCACUGUCUUCAUCUAACAAGGCACCAACCUGCCCUCCUGUUCUUCCAUCUCUGAGCCAUUUCAUUAACUCUGUGUUAACCACGUCUGGCUCAAAGAAACCUUCUCUCCAGCUAGUCUGCUGCUCGGUUUCACCUUCCCUCUACACUUGUGAAACUCAUUGUUAGCAAACCCCCCCUCUGCUGC